AAACAACAAAACGAAGAUGUCAGCUUCCAUAGUCUGCUUUGUUUUUGUUUUGUUUUUUUAAUCUAACUAGUAACUAACUACUUUAACCAAAGCAGGUCAUAAAGCUACAUUUGUAUGUUCACUGGACUCUUGUGAGUUAUGUGAAUAUUUAGAAUAUCUGAUCCUAAUACUGCACUGUUCUCUGGUCACAAGAUCCAUCAAACCCGCGAGAAGAUUCAGAUGGCACAGUGUUGAACAUUCAUGUCUACAAUGUCUUUCUUUAAAGCAGUCUCAGGUAAAGACUCUGACAAUAAUGAGAGGGCAUCUCCGCCAGCAGGCAAUCUCAAUAACAGCCAUGUGGAUUCGGUCAGAUGUCACAUGACCGAUUUAAGUCGGUGGCCCAUUUUUAGCAUUCUUGACCCGGAUGUCUUGUCAACGAUAAAGAAAGUGUGCGUGUUUGGAAGCUCUGGCAAUGAGGCAAUAUUUAUCACGGACGACGAUGAUGUGUUUGCUAUUGGCUCAAACUGUAGCAGCUGUCUUGGGCUUGGUGACACUCACAGCAGUUUUGUCCCCCGUAAGAUCGAGAUUCUGUGUCGUAAGAAGAUAGCUGACAUUGCUUUUGGCAGUGGACCACAUGUUCUGGCCGUGUCGGGAAGUGGUGAGGUGUUCAGUUGGGGUCACAAUGGCUACUGUCAGCUGGGUAAUGGUGGCUCGAACCAGGGGUUUCUUCCUGCCCUCGUCACCACAAACCUACAGGGGAAACGAGUUGCACAGGUCGCCUGUGGAGGUCACCACUCAAUGGCACUCACAGCAGAUGGGGAGAUAUACGCGUGGGGUCAGAACAAUUGUGGUCAGGUUGGCACAGGAACCACAAGCAAUCAGCCGACACCAAGGAGAAUUACGGCAGUCAUAGGUUGUCGACCAGCUGUUGCUCUGGCCUGUGGCCAGACUACAUCCAUGGCGCUAAUGGACAAUGGAGAGCUGUUCGGCUGGGGUUACAACGGAAAUGGUCAGCUCGGGGUUGGGAACAACGUGAAUCAACCAAACCCUUGUCGAGUCCUUGGAGCUCUCACUGGGCUCAUCAUCAGUAAGGUUGUUUGUGGUUAUGCCCACACAAUGGCUCUCACUGACGAAGGAGUUCUUUAUUCAUGGGGAGCUAACUCUUAUGGUCAGCUGGGUACUAGCAGUAAGGCCAAUCAAGUUUACCCGACUAAAGUAGACUUCAAUUCUGACAGGUUUGUCGAGAUAGCGGGAUGUCACUACUCGCACAUAUCGGCGGCGGUCAGUCAGUCAGGCCGCGUGUACAUGUGGGGUCAGUGUCGCGGUCAGUCGGUUACCAUUCCGAUGUUGACGCGCUUCACGUGCACGGACGACGUGUUUGCCACUUUUUCCUCUCCAUCGAUCAGCUGGAGGACGUACUGUGUGGAUCACGUAAGAAGUUCCAGGGUGACUCAUUGUAUAAGUAAUGCAUUCGAUGAUCCUAUCACAUCUGAUCUCAAGUUUGUUGUUGAGGGAAAAGAUAUAUAUGUACACAAGUCUAUACUUAAAAUUAGAUGUCAGCAUUUCCGAUCAAUGUUCCAGUCAUGUUGGGAUGAAGAUGGAAAAGAGUCGUUAGAAAUCACGCAAUACACAUACGCAGUUUACAAAGCAUUCCUACAGUAUUUAUACACCGACUACGUGACCCUGGAGCCAGAGGAAGCCAUAGGCCUUCUUGACCUGGCCAAUGCCUACUGUGAACCAAUCCUCAAGAACAAGUGCGAGCAGAUCAUCAAACAAGGCAUCGCCAUUGACAACGUCGCCAUGUUGUAUGCAGCAGCCAUCAAGUUUGAUGCUCGGAAUUUAGAAGACUUCUGUUUCCGGUUUGCUCUGAAUCACAUGACCGCCGUCACCCAAUCAGAUGCAUUCAACAAGCUGGAUGAAACGGUUCUUAAAGAAUUCAUUCGCAAAGCUGCACUGGCGGGAGCCUUCAAGUAUUAACUGGCACGGAUCCUCCAUUUUACACAACUACACAAGUAAUCUAUUGAUGUGGCUGGCAAAAUAACUGCACAAAAUUCUAGGAAGUACCAUUAGCAGGUCACUGGUAAACCAUGGACUAUUUUGUGUGUUUCUUACACUGUGCAGUGUUCUUGUGUGCUAGAUUUACCAUUCUUACACACCCAUUGGUGAGAACACCAUUCGAAAUUUUUGAUAUCACAUACUGUUAACACACAUAUGUGUGAUAACAUUUUAAAGACAUAUGACUGGCUGCUCCUAGGUGAUGACCAGGUCACUACUGCCAUACCAUCUAAUGAAAAGAGUACAAUCGAAAUAGAUCAUUCUCUGACCUGAAAUUUGGAGAACAUAUCCAAGACUGAUGCGCUUGAACCUUAAGUGGAUGUAAACACAUCAAAUGAUUGAUUGAUUGAUUGAUUGAUUGACUGAUUGACUGACUGACUGACUGACUGACAAAUGUGCUUGACAAUGUCAGGAGGUAGGAAGAAAAGAUUUACGUUUCUACAACAAUAUUCAGUCACCAGUCUAUUUGUGCAUCAUUUUAUUGGAAUUUGUCUCACUCAUCCUGCUUUACAGGCCUCGUAUGCAUGGUGCAGCUAAAACAAAAAUAGUUUCAAUGAGGGCAUCUAGACUGGAUGUGUGUCCGUCUGCGAAAUGCAUGUGGCCAGCUGCUGUGAGAUAAUUGUACAUGGUUUAUAUGUCCAAAACACAAGCCACAGACACAUCAGAUUCAACAGUCUGACCACACGUGCACACAUAUCCAGUUUAUAUGAGCCUUAAAAUAUGGCGAGAACAAUAGUUUCAUUUAUGCAAUGCUUAGGUAUGUUUGGUUGUGUGUGUCCUAUGUUUCAUUCACACAAUACUUAGGUAUGGUUGGUUGUGUAUGUCCUAUGUUUCAUUCACACAACACUUAGGUAUGGUUGGUUGUGUGUGUCCUAUGUUUCAUUCACACAACACUUAGGUAUGGUUGGUUGUGUGUGUCCUAUGUUUCAUUCACACAACACUUAGGUAUGUUUGGUUGUGUAUG